AUGUUUCCCUCGCGCAUCACCACGCCCCUCCCGUCCGAUCCGCAAUCCGAGGACAUCUUCUCGUCGGCCCUCUCGAGCCUGUUCACCGACGUCGUGCAAAACAACCACGGCGUCCCCGGCGGCCAUCUGACCUACCACUCGCCGCGGUUCGGAAAGAUCGACCUGAGGAUCCCGCAGUACCCGCAUGUCGAGGAGGGGAGGAAGCUUUUCGCGCAUUACUUGUGGAACGCGGCCGUGAUUGCGGCGGACGGGUUGGAGACGGCGAGUUUCGAUGAAGAGCUCGGAUCGCACAGCGACGGACAUGGGGAACAGGAUGCCCUGGAAUGGGAAAAGAGAUACUGGGAUGUCAGAGGGAAGCGGAUUCUUGAGCUGGGCGCUGGCACGGCCCUACCAUCCAUCAUUUCUGCCCGCUCUGGUGCGCUCUCGGCAACCAUCACAGACCACCCGUCUUCGCCCGCUUUGACCAACGGCACCAUCGAGCAGAAUGUUCGGACAAAUAUCACCGAACGAUCGGAAUCGUGUGGAGCAGACACCCAGUCUUCACCAACUUCGCCGUCGAGGCCAGGACCGGUCGAUAUAUUCGGCUACACGUGGGGCACGACGACCAUGUACAUGCCAUCGCGAUACGGUACGCGGGCCGAGCAACAGCCCCUAGAUUUCGACCGUAUCGUCAUCGCAGACUGUCUCUGGAUGCGCUCUCAACACGUCAACCUCGUCAGGACCAUCCUGCACUAUCUCCGCCGAGAAGACCGCUCGCAGCACCCCGCAAGUCCUGCCGAGAGUUGUGCGUUGGUGGUUGCCGGCUUCCACACCGGCCGCGAGACCGUGCGGCAUUUCUUCGAGGUGGCCACAGGAGAAUAUAGGCUGCCACCGCCGUCGUCCUCAGAGACGGAAGAAGACGACAAAGACAAGCGCAGAGCCACAGACGAGGACCAAGAACUCGAGGCAGCAGAAGACGUCACGGGCCAUCUCCGCGCCGCAGAGAUCUUCGAGAUUGACGUGAACGGCCUUCGCAGGCCCUGGGAGCCCGUCCGGACCGGGGAGAAUAAGGACCAGGCUCAGAGGUGGUGCGUUGUCGCCGUGCUUGUACGAAGAUGA